GUGCCUGCCAUGUUUUUCCCGUGCUCCUCUGGGCCGGCCGCCUGACAUGCCGUCGGCGCUAUAGCAACGGUAGCUAGCGGCUGGGAGAGAGUGACGAUAGGCAAUGUCUGGUCCAGCUGAUGAGACUGCAGGAGACCUACCUGUGAAAGAUAUAGGUCUAAAUCUCUUUGGCAUGGAAGGGUUGCAAGAAACUUCAACAACACGGACAAUGAAGUCUCGCCAAGCAGUGUCACGUAUCAGUCGUGAGGAACUGGAAGACAGAUUCUUGCGUUUGCAUGAUGAGAACAUUUCACUUAAACAGCAUGCCCGCAAGCAAGAGGAUAAAAUUAAAAGAAUGGCCACCAAGUUAAUACGGCUAGUUAAUGACAAGAAAAGAUAUGAACAGGUUGGUGGCGGCCCCAAGCGGUUGGGAAGAGAUGUGGAAAUGGAAGAAAUGAUUGAGCAGUUGCAAGAGAAAGUUCAUGAGCUUGAAAGACAAAAUGAAGUCCUCAAAAGCAGACUAAUUUCAACCAAGCAGCAACUUCAGAUCCAGGGUCACAGGCACACUCCGUAUAGUUAUGUGCAGUCUCGUGUUAACACCGGGCGUAGAAGAAUGAAUGAAAAUGCAGGCUUACAGGAAUGCCCCAGGAAAGGUAUUAAAUUCCAAGAUACAGAUGUAGCAGAAACUGUGCAACCCAUGCCUACAAAAUAUGGCAACAGUUUACUCAAAGAAGCCAGAGGAGAAAUAAGAAAUUUAGAAAAUGUUAUUGAGUCACAGAGAGGCCAGAUAGAAGAGUUAGAGCACUUGGCGGAGAUCCUGAAAACUCAGUUGAGGAGAAAAGAAAAUGAAAUGGAGUUAUCUCUUCUUCAGCUUCGAGAACAGCAGGCUACAGAUCAAAGGUCAAACAUUCGAGACAACGUAGAAAUGAUUAAGCUUCAUAAGCAACUAGUGGAGAAAAGCAAUGCCCUUUCAGUAAUGGAAGGAAAAUUUAUUCAGCUUCAAGAGAAGCAAAAAACUCUCCGGAUCAGCCAUGAUGCCUUAAUGGCAAAUGGAGAUGAGCUAAAUCUGCAACUUAAAGAACAACGUUUAAAAUGCUGCAGUCUUGAGAAACAGUUACGUUCCAUGACAUUUUCUGAAAGAAGAAUAGAAGAGUUGCAGGAUAGAAUUAAUGAUUUAGAAAAGGAACGGGAACUUUUAAAGGAAAACUAUGAUAAACUUUAUAACAGUGCCUUCAAUGCUGCCCACGAAGAGCAAUGGAAGUUAAAGGAACAGCAGCUGAAAGUACAGAUUGCUCAACUCGAGACAGCCUUAAAAUCCGAUUUAGCAGACAAAACCGAAAUCCUUGACAGAUUAAAAACUGAAAGAGGCCAAAAUGAGAAAAUCAGUCAAGAAAAUAGACAACUCCAGUUACAGUACCUGGAACAAAAGCAACAACUUGAUGAACUUAAAAACCGCAUGAAGUUUUACAACCAGGAGAGUGAUAUUAAUGCUGAUGAAUUGAGUGAAGCUCUCCUGCUUAUAAAGGCUCAAAAAUCACAAAAAAAUGGAGACCUUUCAUUUUUAGAAGAAGUAGACAGUAAAAUUAAUAAAGAUUCAGAACGGUCCAUGAAAGAGCUGCAAGCAACUCAUGCAGAAACAGUGCAAGAACUUGAAAAGACAAGAAACAUGUUAAUUAUGCAACAUAAAAUUAAUAAAGAUUAUCAGAUGGAAGUUGAGGCAGUGACCCAGAAGAUGGAAAAUCUGCAGCAAGAUUAUGAACUUAAAGUGGAACAGUAUGUUCAUCUUCUUGAUAUCAGAGCUGCACGCAUCCAGAAACUAGAAGCCCAAUUAAAGGAUAUUGCCUACGGCACCAAGCAGUACAAAUUUAAGCCAGAAAUCAUGCCAGGUGACUCAGCUGAUGACUUGGAUGAAACCAUUCACUUAGAACGAGGCGAAAACCUGUUUGAAAUCCAUGUCAACAAAGUAACCUUUUCUUCCGAAGUUUUACAGGCAUCUGGGGAUAAAGAGCCUGUCACCUUCUGUACCUACGCUUUCUAUGAUUUCGAACUACAGACAACUCCCAUAGUACGGGGCCUUCACCCAGAAUAUAACUUUACUUCUCAAUACCUCGUUCAUGUUAAUGACUUAUUCUUACAAUACAUUCAGAAAAAUACUGUCACUCUUGAGGUCCACCAGGCUUACAGCACAGAUUAUGAAACAAUUGCAGCUUGUCAGCUGAGAUUCCAUGAAAUUCUAGAAAAAAGCGGUCGAAUAUUUUGCACAGCAAGUUUGGUUGGAACUAAAGGAGACAUCUCCAAUUUUGGCACAGUGGAAUACUGGUUCCGAUUAAGAGUUCCCAUGGAUCAAGCGAUUCGGCUUUAUCGAGAACGGGCAAAGGCUUUGGGAUACAUAACAUCAAAUUUUAAGGGGCCAGAGCAAAUGCAAUGGUUAAGUCAUCAAGCACCCAAAACUGCUCAGCUCAGUUCUACUGAUUCCACAGAUGGCAACUUAAAUGAACUUCAUAUUACAAUAAGAUGUUGCAACCACCUGCAGUCCCGAGCAAGCCACCUGCAGCCACACCCAUAUGUUGUGUACAAGUUUUUUGAUUUUGCAGACCAUGACACAGCCAUCAUUCCCAGUAGCAAUGAUCCACAAUUUGAUGAUCAUAUGUGUUUCCCAGUGCCAAUGAAUAUGGAUUUGGAUCGAUACCUUAAGUCAGAGUCUCUGAGUUUUUAUGUAUUUGAUGAUAGUGAUACCCAGGAGAGUAUUUACAUAGGAAAAGUCAAUGUGCCUCUAAUUUCAUUGGCACAUGACAGAUGUAUUUCAGGAAUAUUUGAGUUAACAGAUGAUAAAAAGCAUCCUGCCGGAACCAUUCAUGUUAUAUUGAAAUGGAAAUUUGCUUACCUUCCACCAAGUGGUUCUAUAACUACUGAAGACUUAGGAAAUGUCAUACACAAAGAAGAGUCAGAGGUUGUUCAAAGACUACCUCCAACAUCCUCUGUUAGUGCACCUAUUGUAGCACCAACACCUAAACCAAGACGUUUAACACCUAAAGAUAAGAAGGUAUCUUUUAUGGAUAUCACACCACAUCAGCAUUAUGAGACCUCUACUCUUCCUGAAGAUAGGAAGGAAAUUUCACCAGAAGUGGAACUUAUACCAGAGAGAGAAAUUGAUAUGCCAACUGUUUCACAUAUUCCCGAGGUUCCUCAGGAAAGCAGUGUAGAUGAGGUAAAAGAGAAUACUGAGAAAAUGCAGCAAGGAAAAGAUGACGAUGUGACUUUACUGUCUGAGGGUCAACUUGCAGAACGAAGUUUGACUUCUUCUGAAGAUGAAACAGAAAUAACUGAAGAACUGGAACCAGAAGAUGAAGAAGACAGAUCAGCUUCUGACAGUGAUGAGUGCAUUAUUCCAGGUCCUAUCUCCAAGAAUAUCAAACAGCCACCAGAAAAGAUCCGGAUUGAGAUCAUAGCCCUAAGCCUUAAUGAUUCCCGAGUAACUGCAGAUGACACCAUCCAGCGACUCUUCGUGGAGUGCCGAUUCUACAGUCUCCCCGCUGAAGAGACACCCGUGUCACUUCCAAAACCCAAGAGCGGCCAGUGGGUCUACUAUAAUUAUAGCAAUGUGAUCUACGUGGAUAAAGAAAACAACCAGGCCAAGAGAGACAUCUUAAAAGCUAUACUACUGAAACAAGAGAUGCCUAAUAGAAGUGUUCGCUUCACUGUGGUCAGUGACCCUCCUGAGGAUGAGCAGGACCUGGAGUGUGAGGACAUUGGCAUCGCUACCGUUGACCUCGCUGACGUGUUUCGGGAAGGAAGAGACAUCAUCGAGCAAAAUAUCGAUGUUUUGGAUGCCAGAGCAGGUGGUGGAGGUAUUGGCAAGCUCAGGGUAACAGUCGAAGCACUCCAUGCCCUACGGUCUGUCUACGAGCAAUUCAGAGAUGACUUGGAGGCUUGAAAGAAACUGUUCCAGAGGCAUCUCCUACUCCUGAGUAAAUGCUCACAUGAAAGCGUUUAGAUGAGGUUUCUGUAAUUACUCUGGUGUAUAUAAUCUAUAAUUCAUGGGAAGCUGGGGCGGGGAGGACCGGGGUUUGAAGUGUUCAAGUUUUGUAUACUUUUUCAUUUGUUUAUUUUUCUAUUCCCUUCUUCCCAUGACUGCCACCCCUUGAGAACUUAAGUUCUCCACAGUGGGCAACACCUUCUCAAUAAUUUAUACCUACAUGGUAACAUGAGAAAGUCUGUUUGCAUUUUCAACAUUUCCUUAUGAAGAACUGAAACGCAAUUCCCAUUUUUAUUUUUAAUAAGCAAAAUAGCAUAAAUCUUAGAAAACCUCUGAAAAAGAAAUACUUUUAUGUUAUCCCUAAUUUUCCCACUAAAUGGAAUGCCUAUGAUUAGCCUCAUUAAGAGUUUUAUACUGUGAAGAUUUUAUUAGAAGCAAUAUAUGAAAAUUACUUGGAUUAAUGUGUUAAUCUUCCUCUUUAAAAUGCUAAUAUCCAUUUUAUGCACAUUAAAGCUCAGUAUGCAUUUUCUUUGAUGCAUGCCAUUUCUAUCAAUUAAAUAUAAAGAAUGAGACUUGGCACCAACUUAUUAAAUCACUGCAAGUUUUAUUUUUCCUUCCUAAAAGGUAUAGCUUUUCUUACUAAUACUUGUAUUGUUUUCAGAUAUUUGUAAUGGUCAUAUGGAUCCAGGGAUGUGUGUAUAUAAAGAAGAAAUAUUUAUACAUGAAAUAUACACUUUGAAAACUUAGCUUAUGACAGAGAAAGAAAAUACUAAAAAUAUGACUCAGAUUCUGAUAUGCUUAGUUAGACCUGAAAGGAGUAUCUUUUUAUCAUUUUUUUAAAAUUUACAUCAAGCUUGUACAAUGCUCGGGUGUAUCUGGAUAACCAGAUCCUUGAAAAGCAGCUCAGAAAGUUAAUUUUCUAGCUUUUACUCAAUCUCACUGAAGGAUUUAAUUGAUAUUUUUAAUGGAGCUGUGAAUCAAUGCUGCAAAGGAAUUGUCUCUAGAGGUCUAGGAUAUAAUGCAUUUCAUUUUUUAAUUUACUUUUUUAUUUGUCAUUUUCUUCAAAGGAUUUUUAUAGGCUGUGGGUUUUCACUGUUUGCAAACAGGCUAUGUUCCUUCUUAAGCAUAUGUAAAGUAUUCAGAGAGAUAAGUAAUUUAUUAAAAUCUACCUAAUUUGCCGUGAUAUAUUAAAUCUCUGCUUCAGUGAUCACAGACCAUUUCAUUUAGAGAAUUAGGCAUUCCCUCUUUGUGUGAUUAAAGCUCUGGAAAAUGAGUUCUUUGCUCCUAUUUGUGAACAUUCAAAGCCUGCUAAUGGCAAGAAGAUGGAAUAGAUUAUGAGACAAUUCAUUACAGUUCAACAGAAAAAAAAAAAGCAGCUAUAAUGCAAAAAUGCAAGUAUGGAUAUCUGCAUAUAGUUUGAACCAUCUGUGCCCUAAUGGCUUCAAUAAUGACUCUCGUCUCUAAGAGGCUUUGAAAUGACAUCCGCACAAUAUUAAUUUGUUGAUGUACGUUGUGGAACCAGUAGAGUAUGACCUGACCACAGAAAUCUAUAAAUUCUGUCUCUACCAUUGGGCCUCCCUGUCUGGGGCCUGCCAUCUCCAGGAAGAAUCUUCUCUCAUCAAACUCGGCAAAUCUUCAUAACAACUCAUUCCUCUGAAGCCUUCCAGAGACCACAAACAUCUGCAGACUAAACCUCUCCAACCCUAGUAAACAGCCACAUGUUUGUUGUCACUUCAGCUGGCUCUGAGCUCAUCUUUUUGGCCUCCCUUUCUAGCUUUCUUUGGCUUUAAGCAGUUACAGUGUCAUUAAGGCCCGUAAUAUUCCCUGCAGUAAUUUAAAACAGCCGGAUUAUACCCUGGGAUUAACUGAGUGGUUUCUGAGACAUUUAUUGUGGUAUUCUCCCAGGAGGUUUGUGUUAUUGUUUUAAAAUGCUACAUCCCAAACUAAAUGCCCUUUCUGUAGGGAGAAGACCAGAUUGUGCUGACUUCUUAUGAUCUCGAAGUGGAAAAGGGAAGUUUUUAUUAGAAAUCUGCUGAGAUCUAGUCAACUGUAUAGAAUAUAUAUCUCAGCUGACAUCAGAGCACUAGCCACAUUUCUGUCACUUUCGUGUGUACCAUAACAGAUAACUUAAGAUUCCUUUUCUAGUUUUAAAAUACUCAGCCUCAAACUACAUGAAUUUCCACAAAACUCAUUUUCCUAAGGAGUUGAAUAACUGCUGGCACACCCUGAAGUGGAGAAGUGAUCCUGGAUGCUUCACACAGGUUUCUAGGAUAGCUUUUUGUUUUGUCUUGGGUUGACCAGAGUUCACUGAAAAGCUCCCCACCUUUUAGGAUCAAGAGCAAUGUUUUUCUCUUGGUGAGCCAAGCCUGAUCCAGUAAGUAUGGCUUGAGGGUAGAGGGGCCUGGCCACACAAAUGCACCCGUUUAAGGGAAGGCCUGUGUGAGCUUACAGCUCUUGGUGUAAACGGACACAGUACACUCAGCACUUUUGGGGGCUGAAAUGCUUUUAGUUUGGAAAUAUAAAUAGAGAUGUGAUGUGGUAUGUGGGAGAGUGUAUUUUACAUGUUUUUUUGCCUACUGUAGUAGAAAUGUCAAAUUCCUAGCCACUGUCAUGAGAAGCAGUUGACAAAAAUAAGUUUUAUGGUUUACAGUGUGGUUUACGUAGAGAACAUUUCUCUUCACUCUCAGUUUCAACAUGUUUUCUAAAUUAUCAUGGUUUAUUGCCGUUUAACUUAAAUUAGUUUUUUAAAGAAUAAAUAGAGAAUAUAUUUAAUCAAAUAAAGAACA